AUGGAGAUGGAUGAGUUUUUCAACUUCGAUGAUGCAUCCCGACCCAUAUCCCCCCUAGCAGAAACGGGUCUGCUUUCCCCGGGCCCUUACGAUGUCAAUCUGGCAUUUGCCCAGCCGGAGCAUGAUGAGGAUUCAUUUACCUGUCUCCAGCAUUUCACGGCUCCAGAGCAGUCCAGCCUCGAGCUCCAUAAUGCUGUGCACAACACCACCAUGAUGAGUCCCGACGACUUCACGGACUUCCCCAGGUGGAUCGAUGGCAUGGGUGUCCCGACGCAGCCGUGCGAGUAUUGUCACCGCAUGAAGACCCAUUGCAAGGUCCUCAAGGAGGGCACACGGAAGGGUUCAUGCACUAGUUGUGUUGCGCUCGCAAAGUCAUGUAGCUUGACUUCUGAACUCAAGACUCCCCUUGAAAGCUUUCCUGUUGCUUUUACCGCCGAGAAUCAUGGUGAUGCGGACUUUGAAAAUUGGAACCCGAACAUGAUAGAGAGGCCGUCGACUCAGAACGCGUCGGAAGACUUGGACCCGUUCUCUCACAGCGGAUCGGCUACUGAUCUGAUGGCUCUCAGAUCGUCGAAUGAGAGCCUCGUUGAGGCUGCUGAAAGUAGCCCGAAGGUCGGUGCCAGGUUUUCUCGAGAGUCUGUUAGGAUCCUCAGGGGCUGGCUAUCAACCCACCAGCGUCACCCUUAUCCCACCUACGAUGAGAAAGAGAGUCUCAGGCAGCAGACUGGUCUGAAUAUGACCCAAAUUACCAACUGGCUGGCAAACGCCCGCCGCAGAGGAACGGUCCGCGCACCCCGAUCUACUUCACCUAGCCCACAGCAGUAUGCCAAUGGGAUGGAUAUUGCUAGGAGAGGAACACCUUCUCCACAGGAGAUGAAUCCUCUGGAGCGUUGGAAGCAUUCUCCGCCUGAACAUGAACCCGCUUCCGUCACGGCUAUUGCCAAGGCUGUGUCUUCAUCGAGCUUCCAAUCCAGCCUCGACAGUCAUUUGACCAGUUAUGGACACACCGAUGAUGGAUCUGCGCGCUCUCUUUGCAAUGUUUCUUCUACCGGCAGUAUAGGCACAUCACAGUCCAGUGUCGGCUCAUUCGUCUCCGCAUUCUCACACAAAUCUCGCGGAUCUUUUGGAUCCUUUAACUCCUUCAGCAAUAGAGGCACGCGUCGUCGCCGCCGACAGGUUCCGAAACUUGUCAGCCCGAGCCCCAUGACACAAGCUCCUCGUACCUUCCAGUGCACCUUUUGCACAGAGACUUUCAAAACGAAGCAUGAUUGGCAGAGGCAUGAGAAGUCAUUGCAUCUGUCUCUGGAACGGUGGAUCUGCUCACCGAAUGGGCCAACUCAACUAUGCAGCGAAACCAACCAUAUCUCAUGUGUGUACUGCGGAGCACCGAAUCCACUGGAAGGACAUGCAGAACAACACAAUCAUUCAAGCUGCGCGGAGCGCUCGAUUGAAGAACGGACAUUUUAUAGAAAAGACCAUCUCCGCCAGCAUCUGAAGCUUGUCCACGAUGUCAAGUUUCAAAACUGGUCGAUGGAUUCGUGGAAGGUAGCUACGCCGGAAAUCCGAUCUCGGUGCGGUUUCUGUGGCAUCGUGAUGGAUUCUUGGAGAGUUCGAGUAGAUCAUCUGGCUGAGCAUUUCAAAAGCGGGAAGAGUAUGGCUGAUUGGAAGGGUGACUGGGGUUUCGAGCCGCAGGUUUUGGAUGUCGUUGAGAAUGGAAUGCCUCCUUAUCUUAUUCAUGAUGAGCGGAACACCCUGAAUCCCUAUGAAGCGUCCAUAGAGAGUGCGAAGUCAGGGAAGACGUUAGAGGAUCUGGUGAAGCUAGGACUCGUGGACUACAUCAAUGACCGCGUUGUUAUUGGUGCCGUGCCUACGGACGAAGAUUUACUUGUUGAAGCUCAAAAGAUUAUUCGAAAGGCUGAUGCCACCGACGACUCGCUUUAUGACACUGGAAUCUCUUGGUUCCGCGACAUCAUCAUGCUCUCUGGAACUGCUUCACAGGGCGAUAAUCCUGAGCAGCUGCAAAAUACUGGCUUCGGCCAGGAUACAUGGGACAAUAUGACAGGGAUCGACAAUUAUGAAAGCAUUAAUGCUCGAAAUCCACUAAGUAUGAGAGAUUUGAGCACCAUACACUGUUCGAAGGAGAGAGCGUUAAUGGAAUACGUCCAAUCCCAACAAGCACUCGGUCUAACACCCACCGACUCCGAGCUGCAGAUUCAGGCGUGCAAAAUCCUUGAUGACGGGGAGAACACUACAAGCUUCAAAUGCAAAGGCGCUGUCCAAUGGUUCAAAUUCCUAAUAGCAUCGUCGCCAAACUGGCUUGCGGCAUUUAGACGCCGAGCAGGUCUGCCUCGGAGUUCUGAGAUGGGAGUCGACCAUAUCCGUUCUUCAGAUGAUAAGACGAUCGACUAUAGUAUACACAAUUUGUACAGAUUGGAACGAGAAUUGGGAGCUUUUGUCCAACUGCAACAGGCAAUCGGGAAGAGGCCCACAGAUGCCGAUCUUCAACGUCAAGCUCGCCUCAUUAUCUACGGUAAUGAUGACCCGUGGAAUCAGACUGCUGUCGAUGAUGCCGGUUAUCUCCACGUCUUUAAAAAACAGAAUGGCCUGGCACCUUCAGAUGCGGAUGAUGUACCCAUGCCCUCAGAGGCAGGAGGGUUGGGAUCAAGCCUCCUAUCCGCCAGCGUGCAGCCAUAUUCCGCUCCCUCCCCUCGCACUCUGCACUGGGACCUCGAGACUACGGGCAUUGGUCUCCCAUCCCCCGUCAGUGGAAGUGACCAACCCGGGGCUUCCACUCACGGCCAGCCACUGCAUACCCUCCCCCAGAAACAACCUUCUGCUAACACAAAACCUACAAAACCCUUGAGGUAUUUCUUGAACGAUUUGCCUAAGUCCCAACAACCCCCUCCAGCAUGUAUGUCUGCCUCCACCCACCCCUUGCCCUCCCGCCUGUCCUUUCCAAGCCCCCAAACUCGCAAACAUGAGAUCACUCAUCAUGACGGCCCCCAGAUCCCCUCCGAUGCCGAAAUCCAAAACCAAGCCCGCUGGGUCAUCUACGACGAUGAUGACCCCUGGAACCAAACUGCCGCCGACAACGCCGAAUGGCUGAUGCGUUUCAAGCGCGACGUCGGGCUCGCUCCCACCGCCGAGGGCCCUGGCCUCCCUCCCUACACCGCCCCCCGGCCUUGGACUGUCAAAGACGGCGGCACUGGCUUCAGUCCGCCGUACGUGAACCCCAAGAACACGCAAACCCUGCAGUUAGCCGAAAUCGUGCCUGUGACGAUGGACCGGCGGACCUUCAACGUCCGCAAGGAGACUGCGGGACGGUUCCUCCACGAACUCAACGCCGGGAGAUACCAGCCGCCCCCCGCCGUCUUCUGCUCGCGCGAGCUAGAAAACGGCUUGAACGCCUUCGUCACCGCGCGCUUGGCUUCAGGUGGCCGUUUCCCUGACGAUGACGAGCUGCGGGCCCGAGCACGCGAGAUCCUCGGCGUGGAUAAAACGGCGGCGGAUGAUGUACAGCUACUGGAGAGAUUCAAAAGCAUGCACGCGGCGCUUCCGGGCCCGAUCCCGAAUUUCGACCUUCCGAACUUUACCGGGGAUGUUGAUAUGCUGGCGGGUUUCGAUCUGGAUAUUGGGGAUGCGGAUUUGGGGAUGGGGUUAUUGCCGCCCGCGUCCGAUCCGUCGCUUGCUGCUGCUUGA